AUGUCUUGGAAACCAAACACUACGCUGGGUACUGCCCUCGGGAUAACAUCUUCAGCCAUAUUCUUCGGCGCCAAUCUCGGCAUCUCCUUUUUGACCAUCCCUAUCCUUCUGCUACCUUCCCCCCCACCGGCUUUGCCAGCACCAGCAAACGCCGACAACACGGCGUCUCCGACAUCCACCUCUUCCCAGAGACCGGCGACGAAAUUCCCACACCUGGCCCGGCAAUGGCAGGCCGCUUAUGACAUCGGAAAGAAAGCUGGCCCGUUCUUCUCCCUACUUGCCAGUGGAUGUUGGCUAUAUACAGUCAGGAACCUGCCAGCGGAAGCAAAACUCCAGCAGCGACUGCUCUUGGCUGCAGCGGCUCUCUCGGUAGCCAUUGUGCCCUUUACAUUUGGGGUGAUGAAGCGGACAAAUGACGAGUUACAUCGCCGAGCGAAUGUUGCAACGAGAGAUGAGGAGGAAGACUCCAAGGCUGACGCCCAGAACGGCACAGUCGAGAGUUAUGAAACUCACGACCUUCUCCGGUGGUGGGCACAAUUGAGCUUUAUGAGAUCUCUGCUCCAUGCCGGGGCUGUGGCUUGUGCCACGACAGCUUUAGUUCUGAAGUCCGAGCAUUGA